AAAAAGCCCAAAAUUCCAACUACUAAACUUUUUCGUGUUAUUGAUAUUCCCCAAAACGAUUAUAGUAUACCUACAGAGAAAUCAUCAAAUAAAUAUGUUCCAUACAGAAGUGCACAAUAUAAAGGAAAAACGUACAUUUAUAUGGAAGCAAACGAAUCGGACGAUUAUAUUGGUAAUAUAUCUUC